AUGACGAACCUCGCGCCUUCCGCCGCGGCGGCGUCUCCUUCGGGUGCUCUCCUCACCCCCGGCGCGCCUGCGACGUGGCAUUCAGCCGCGUCGAGGGAGCUGUCGCCUCUCGUUCCGCCGUCGUUCGCUCCGGCGGCGUCUGCGCAGGGUGCGGAAAAGCCGUCUCCUCUGCUCGUGCCUCAGAACGUGGGUGCGGAGCGGCAGCGGCACGUUUCCUUCGCGGGCACGGACUCCGACGCCAGCGAGGCGAGCCACGCCGGGAGGAAGGAGCUCCCCGCUUCGCAGGAUACGUCGCCGGCUGCAGACCCUGGCGGCCGCAGAAAGCCUGUCACCAUCUCUUCAGACGUUCGCGUGCGAGGAGACGACGACGGCGGAGAGACGCCCCUCACUCACGCCGCCCAGGCGGCUCAGGCCGCCUCUGCGACCUCGCCGCAUGCCGCGACCCUCUCACCGCUGCCUGACUCUCCGCCGCCUGACUCUCCGCCGCCUCUCCCGCCGCCGUCUGACUCUCCGGCGCCUCUCUCGCCGCCCUCUGUCUCUCCGGCGUCGCUCUCGCCGCCCCUGCGCCCUCAGCCGGCGGUGGAGGAAGUGGCGACGAAUCAGGCGAAAGCGAGCAUCGCCGCCAGCCUGGAAAAAUGGCCAGAAGUCAUCCACGCCAUGAAGGAGCUCGCGGUCUUUCAGCCUCGCUUCGACGCAACUCAACGAGAACUCAUCAUGCAAGCAUACAGCCACAUGGUGAACGACUUUCGGCACAUGCGCAAGACGCUGGAUGCCUACGCCACUGCGCUGACCUCGCUGCAGAACUCCGAGGCCUCGCCUGCGGCGCGCUCCUCUGCGCCCACCGCCGCUUCAGAGGCCGGCGGCAGCGCAGGCGCGCAGGGCGUGGACAGUCAGGGGACUAAGGGGGCGGAGGCGAAGCAGCGCUCAGUGGAGACUGCGCGCGAGGCGGAGAGGAAGCGCAGACACGGUGAGCGCCUCGCCUGUGCGACCGUCGGCGGCGGGCUUCUCUCGCCUGCCCAGCUGCGCGAGUUCGAGCCCUUCUUCGUGUUCUCCGUGGAGCUCUACAAGCAGCGCGUCGCCGAAGAACUCGCGGUUGUGAACGAAGACAUCGAUCACUUCGUGGGCGGGACUCUAGUCCCCAAUGCAGAGGAUCCGGAGGCUGCCGCGGCGUACGAACAGCUGAGGGGCGACACGUGCCGCCACACUGCAGCGAUGACGAAGAACAUGGACGUGCGCCGACGGCUGGAGGCUCGCGCGCUGAAGGCGUACGAGGCCGGCAUGGCGUUCGCGGAGAAAGGCGCGGAAUCGAAGGUCACCGCUCUGCGUCUGGGCAUUAUCCUUAACUACGGAGUGUUGCUUAAGGAGAUGGAGAACGGCGAAAAUCCGAACCGCGCGAUUGAGCUCGUGGCGUCCGAGUUCAGAUACGCAGUCCAGAAUAUGUAUCAAGUCAGGAACGAGGAAGAAUAUCAGCGCAUCCUCGUUAUCCUCGGCCUGUUGCGCGACAACAUCGAGUGCUGGUGUGCGGAGAGCAGCCGCACAGAUGUGCAUGCGCUGCUGGGUAUGGCUUUGAGCACGCAGCUCUCGCUUCAGUCGCUGGAGGACAUCGCCCCACCCGCCUGA